UUCAUCUCACUUUAAUCGCUUUCAUCUCUAAUUUUCCCGUCUGAAAAAUCUUUUUCAUCUCCCUUUCAAUCUUCUCUCUACCCUUCAACAAUGGCACGUACCAAGCAAACCGCCAGAAAAUCCACUGGAGGCAAAGCUCCAAGGAAGCAGCUAGCUACCAAGGCCGCCAGAAAGUCAGCCCCAGCCACCGGCGGAGUCAAGAAGCCUCACAGAUUCAGGCCUGGAACUGUUGCUCUUCGUGAGAUCAGGAAAUACCAAAAGAGCACUGAACUUCUCAUCCGUAAGCUUCCAUUCCAGAGACUUGUAAGAGAAAUCGCUCAAGAUUUCAAGACUGAUCUCCGAUUCCAAAGCUCUGCUGUUGCUGCUCUUCAAGAAGCUGCGGAGGCGUACUUGGUUGGUCUUUUUGAAGAUACUAACCUAUGCGCUAUUCACGCUAAGAGGGUGACUAUUAUGCCUAAGGAUAUCCAGCUUGCUAGGAGAAUUAGGGGUGAGAGGGCUUAAUUUGGGUAUCUAUUGACUUAAUUUUCUAGGGUUAGGGCUUUCUUGGGUGUUGAAUAUCUGUAGAGAAGUGUGAAAUUGAAAAAUCUUUAAAUCAAUUUGACUACUAGUUGGUAAUUUUCUCUGUAAUUGUGGAUGUAAUCUCGCUUGAUCUAUAGUCAAUGAAAUUGUUCGACAUUGUUCAA